AUGGCAGGGCCGCCCCGCCCGGGGCGACCCAACAUCGUCUCGCCCGUCCUGGAGAGCCUGCCCUUGUCCCGUGCUGGGGGUACCAAAGUCUACAUGAAGCUGGAGAACGUCCAGCCCACGGGUUCUUUCAAGAUUCGGGGCAUCGGCCACCUCUGUCAGGAGGCUGCCAAGAAUGGCUGUCUGCACUUUGUUUUCCCCCCCCGGCAGGGACACUCCAGCCUGGUCCAGGAACUGAAGGACUCGUUGGAGACCAAACCGGACGCCAUCCUUCUGGCAGUGGGAGGUGGGGGGCUGCUGGCGGGUGUUGUGGCUGGCCUGCAGCAGGUGGGCUGGCAGGAUGUCCCCAUCGUUGCCGCCGAGACCUGGGGGGCUCACAGUUUCCACGUGGCGCUGGCUGCUGGCCAGCUUGUCUCCCUG